AUGACCAUGGCUUUGGACCCUUCACAACAGCAGCGCUUCGGCCCUGGGCUUAACUUUGACUACCAAGCUCACGCCCAGCCGCCAGCGUUCUCUAACCCUUGGUCGUCGGCCUCUUCGCCGCCUCAGUCUAUUCCCGCCGCGUCUGGUCCCGGCAGCGCUCUGUUCAACGUUCACGGUGGACAACCGAGCUUGCCUCCCACCAUGAUGCAUGGCAAGCCAAUCCCUGGUCGCGAUAGCACUGGCAGCGCUUCCUCCAUGACAUCCUACGGCUCCAUGCCCUUGGGUUCCUCCGCCAGCAGCCAUCAUCACCCUUCAUCUGCCAGCCUCGGCAUGCAGCACGAUCUCCUAAACCCCAACCAAGAUAUGCUUGCCAUGAAUCGCAUGCAGACCUCGACAGCUGCAUUUGGCGAGCCCAGCUACGCCACCUCGGCUUCGCCCGUCAACGGCCACUUUGCACCUCCAGCAUCCGGCCCUUACGAGGCUAUGGGUUACGCAGCCGCUCCAGCACGGUCGCACCCUUUCCCCAUUGGCCAUGACGACCCGUCUCGCAGAUUUUCGCAAACCCUGCCUUCCACUGAGAACCGACGCGCCUUCGCUGACGCUCUCGACGCCAGCCACGGCAUGCUGGCAAUGAGCCAGGACACACCGAGAAACAUCUACGGUGGUCGCAAUGACCGCUCCUCGGUUGAUUCCUACGGGUUUCCGUCGACGCACUCCACUAGCUCGUCGAUCUCUUCUACCGACAUUGAAUCGAGGACGCUCCCUCGCAUGCUGGGCCCUCAGAUCCCCCCCGCGCCGCAGUCGAUGAUGGGCCAGUUCAGCUCCAAGGUCUCGUCAAGUACGCAGAAGAAGCACAAGUGCAAGGUCUGCGACAAGCGCUUCACCCGCCCAAGCUCGCUGCAAACCCACAUGUAUAGCCACACUGGCGAGAAGCCUUUUGCUUGUGAUUUUGAGGGAUGUGGCAGACACUUCUCUGUCGUUUCCAACCUCCGACGCCACCGCAAGGUUCACCGUGGUGAUGCUCGCUCAGAAGCUGGAUCCGAGGACCACCACUCCGACUAA